AUGGAGAGGGAGGCGGACUACAUGCCCGGGUCGUGGGCGCGGUGGAUCCAGGGCGGCUCCGCGCCGGACCUCAAGCUGCCUGACUUCACGCGCAGCGCCUUGCCCUGGUACUUCGUCAUGGCCACCCUGGAGUACGUGGUGUCGGAGUUCCAGAGGAAGAAGGUGUACUACAGGCGGCAGACCAUGUCCAACCUCCUGUCGGGCCUCAUUGGCUUCGUGCUGACGGGGAUCUUCGUGAGGGGGCUUAACGUGUUUCCGUUCUUGGUCCUAUACCAUUUCGUGGGGAGGAAGGUGGCGCCGUGGACGGCCGAGAGCUACACCGACCCCUGGGUGAACCUCAUGGGAUUCCUUGGCUUUGACUUGGCCUUUUACUGGUACCAUAGAAUAUCGCACAUGACGAACCUUGGAUGGGCAGGCCAUUACGUCCACCACCAAUCAAGAGACUUCAACAUCAUCACUGCAAUGCGCCAGGGCAUUACAGAGCCAUUGAUCACCUGCUGGUUCUACAUGCCACUUGGCCUGGUGGUCUCCCCUGAUGUCUACUUCUGGCAUCGCACUGUCAAUUUGGUUUACCAGUUCUUCCUCCACACUCGGCUGAUUGGCAAGCUUGGGCCCCUGGAGUGGUUUCUGAAUACGCCAUCACACCACCGCGUACACCACGCGCGGAACUAUGGCAGGGCGAACUAUGGAGGCAUUCUAAUCAUUUGGGACCGUAUUUUCGGUUCGUUCGAAGCCGAGAGGGACGAUCUUGAGUGCGUUUAUGGGUUGGAUGCCCUGCGUAUAUCUAUGGAUACAUACAACCCCAUGUGGCAUCAAGGGCAGCAUUGGAUUGAGACCGUCAAGCUGAUGUUCACCAUCAACCCCAUCAAGGCGCUCUUCACGAGGGCUUUCUCAAAGGACAUGGUGUCUCCACUGGUCACUGAUGCAAUGAAAGACGAAAAAGGCAAAAUCACCAUCAAGCCCAGUGAAGGCCCCAUAGAUCAGCGGCCUCUGUGCUGGAUCGAUAUUUACGUCGCCAUCCAAGCGCUGGCGAUUGGUGGACCCUGUGCCCUGGCAGUAGCGGCAUAUGCGCACACCAUGGAGCCCCUCACCCUCAUCCUUGCAGUGCUGAACUGUGGAGCAGCGUUCACGACAGGGGGCAUGAUGAUGGAUGAGACGCUGCGUGGCUUGCAUGCCGAAUGGAUCAGGCUGGCUGUUCUGCCUCUUUUCGCAUUCGUCUACCUCCCGCUUGCGUGGGCGCUGCAGACGGUUGGUUAUUGCCUAGUGUCAAUCGCAGCUGCAUAUCUGGCCCACCACAACAACCACAGGUCUCUGCCGCUGUCGCACAUCCUUCAGAAGAGCGCCAUGAAGAUGGUGAAGAAAGCCGCAUAG